AAACACACACACAGAAAGAGCCAGACACACACAGAAUGCAAAAGUGCACCCAGUGACUUCAAUGCAAGAGACAUACAAUUUGCUAAAAUGGCACAAGAAGGUCUGGAAGAGGCACUAAAUUCUUUUCUAUUCAAGCAUAAGGGAAUUUAUUUCUAUACUGGAGCCACAACACCUGAAAAAAUAGAUUUAUUGGAACACAUGGAAAUUAGAGACAGUGAUGUUUUUAUAGUCGCAUAUCCAAAGUCUGGUACAAUUUGGGCACAGCAAGUUCUAAGUCUGAUCCUUCAUGAAGGACAUAGGAAUGGAUCAGAACAUAUUGACAAUUUGACCAGAGCUCCAUGGAUUGAAUAUAAUUCAUACAACAUUGACUAUAAUAUCCGACAAUCUCCUCGCCUCUUCACAGCACAACUGCCUUACUAUCUUAUGCCAAAAGAUGUCGGGUUCAAGAGAGCAAAAAUUAUCUAUGUGAGCAGAAAUCCAAAAGAUGUCUUGGUGUCAUCUUAUCACUUUCAUGAAUUAUAUACCCAGUUACACAUCAAGUUGCAGUGGGAAACAUUCUUGGAUCUGUUCUUGUCUGGGAGAGUGAUUGGCGGGUCAUGGUUUGAUCAUAUUAGAGGCUGGCACACCCACAAAGAGGACUACAAUAUUCUUUUUAUGACUUAUGAGGAGAUGAAAAAAGAUCUUAGAUCAGCUGUAAUAAAAAUAUGCAACUUUAUGGAAAUCAAACUUGAUGACCAAGCAGUAGAUACAGUGGUGGAGAAGUCAUCAUUCAGAACAAUGAAACAAGAUCCUCUUGCUAAUUAUGAAUUUAUUGAAAAUAAGUACUUGGACUUUGAAAAAGGAGACUUUCUUCGCAAAGGCACUGUUGGUGACUGGAAAAACAGAAUGACAGUUUCACAAAGUGAGAAGUUUGACAUUGUUUAUAAGGAAAAGAUGAAGGGUCUACCUCUCAAGUUCUUCUGGGACAUCAAUGAUGAAGAAGCAAGCAUGAUAGAAUGAAGUUGCUGCUGAGUAUCUAAAGCAACUUUGUUGCUUAAUUAAAAACUGUACCUGCAAAUACAUUAUUACACACUAAUCUUUUCAGCUGCCUGUGCCAGAAGAAAAGACUAUAUCUCAGGCCUAUAUAUCGUAUAUUUUAUAUUUAACAUGAGAGAAGCCAUUUUCCCUCUAAAGUUAAAACUAAGUUCAUAGCUCAUGAAUAGACAUUGUUACAAGAGUUUUUUUUAAAUGAGACUGUGUAAAUCUGGUCUGUACCAUCUUCUCAGGUCAUAAAUUAAAGGUUUGAACACUUAGUAAAAUACACAAGAUAAGGAAACCAUGAGCUUACAGACCUAAUUGGUAUUUCCAGAAUAAGCUACAAAACAAGAGGGUUUAUUCACAAAUGAAGCUAUUGUAUUAUAUAUUUUAAAUAAUAAUGUUUCUUUCAUAAUAUCUUAACAAUGUAUUAUUUAGUUAUUCAUAAAACCCGUUAAAUACAUAUAUAGAUUAUUAUGAUAAAAGUUGCAAACAUGGUAUCCUAUUAGUGAGAAUGUUCAUGAAUAACUGUUAUUCUUAUCGUUAGAAUUGUGACUUCAUUUUCAUGGCAUUCACAAGUCUCAGCUAAAUUGUGUGGGGUAGACAUUCUCAACCCAUAUAUUUCCAGGGGAUGCCAGAAUGGCUAGGGAAAUUGACACAUGAUUGUCAACCAUUAGACAAUUAAUGGUGUUUUACUAAGCCAGGGUCAGAAGG